AUGCCCCCACUCGUCUCCAUCUCCGAGACCCUCCUCCUCAACACUGUUGGGCGAAUGCGCGGUCUUGAGGCCUUCCGUUCUGGGCAUUUAUGGACUCCAAGCGGUGCCAGAGGUACAUUUGGUGGUCAAGUUGUGGGUCUUGCAAUGCUCGCUGCCACCCGGACAGUCGAGGAUAAGGACCUACACGCGCAGCAUUGUUUCUUCCUUCUCCCAGCCAACUCGCAGGUCCCCAUUACGUUCACCGUUGAACGUCUGCGCGAUGGCAAGAGCUACGCGACUCGCCUUGUGCACGCGCUGCAAGACUCCAAGACCGUCUUCAUCCUCAUGGCUUCGUUCACUUCCCCUCCUCGCAAGAUCCCCGGCGUCGGCGAACCAGCCAACGGCAACGACAGUGUGUCGUACAACCAGGAGGACGACCCGCCCAUCACCCAUUCGCUCAAGUUUGACAAGCUCGAGGUCCCGUCUCCCCGAGGGAGCGAGCUUCCCAAGCCGUCAUACGACACUCGGCCCUUCACGCCGACUUACCAGAAGCCUUUCCCCGAGGAUAUUACGCCGUGGGGCCAGGCGACAAUUGAGGAGGAAACUUGGAGCAAGUUCCUCGACGCAGUCAAGGACCGCGGAUUCGAUCUCGGCAAGAAGGUCCGCGCUGUUCAGAACUACAUCGAUGAACGCAAGCAGUCCCCCGUCACUAUCGCCAUUGCCCGCCAGCAGGCUGGCAAGUGGGGCACUAGCCGUGCGAUCUGGCUGAAGCCUCGUUUUGAGCCCGGAGAGCAGCUGGACGACAACUCGUUUAGGGCCCUGAUUGGAUUCAUGACCGACUUCCAGUUCAUUGGUACCGGUGGCCGCGCCGCCUCGCUGGACCACACUACACACUACUACCCCUUCCCCGAGGACAUGGACAAGAGCGCACCGCUCCUGCACGUCAUGGAGGCUGUGUCAGUUGAUGUGGGCGCUGGACGUGGUCUUGUCCGCGGUCUCGUGUACACUGAAAAGGGUGUGCUCAUUGCCAUGACGAGCCAGGAAGGUGUGAUCCGCGCCGACUUUGGCGAGGGGAUCCGGCCCAGGCGCGAGUCUGAUCGCCAAGGAGCCGCCAAGCUGUAG